GCAAAAAUAUCUCCCAAAUUCCCCAACGCCCCACGACUUGGCAACCCUAAUCAGCUUCCCCCACCAAUUCUCGAUUCCCCGUCGCCGAGCUCCCCCUCCCAACCCUAGCGCCAGAUCCGCCCGCUCGCCCGCGCAGCCAUGGCGGAGUCCCUCGACAUGUCCCUCGAGGACAUCAUCAAGAGCAACAAGAAGGGCAACUCCUCGUCCGGCGGGGGUGGCCGCCGCCGCGAGGGCCGCCUUGGAUCUGCCGCCGCCGGCAGCGGCGCGGCCGCGGCCGCCGCCGGAGGCGUCGGCCCCAACAGGCGCGCCUUCAAGAGGUCGGGGAACAGGGCGGCGCCCUACCAGCCGCCGAAGGCCCCGGAAUCGGCGUGGCAGCACGACAUGUACUCUGACGCCUCUGCCAGAGGCGGCGGCGGCGGGAGGGUCUCUGCUAUCGAGACCGGCACCAAGCUCCUCAUCACCAAUUUGGACUUCGGCGUCUCAACCGAGGACCUCAAGGAGCUUUUCUCCGAGCUGGGUGAUGUGAAGCGAUGCUUGAUUCACUAUGACCGAAGUGGGAGGUCUAAGGGAACAGCUGAGGUUAUAUUUGCAAGGCGUGGUGAUGCUGUUGCAGCGCUGAGGAAAUACAACAAUGUCCAACUUGAUGGCAAGCCUAUGAAAAUAGAGAUACUUGGGACUAACACUCCUACUGCUCCAGCUGCACUACCAACCAAUAAUGGAACCUAUGCUAGGAAUGUUGCUAAGAGUGCACCAAGGGGUGUCUCAGCUAGUUUGCCACAGAACAGACCCCGUGCAAGGGGUGGGAGGGGUCGUGGUGGUGGUGGCGGAGGCAGUGGAUCUGGCGGUCGUCGUGGGAAAGAGCGUAGCCAGCCAAGGUCUGCUGAAGAACUUGAUGCUGAGUUGGAGAAGUACCAUGCACAGGGUACGACGCCGAUGCAGACCACCGAAUAAAUCGACAUCUUUGCAGCGUUGAUAUUCAACAUGAAAUUUGAAGGGUGCCCCUUUGUUCCCGCUUUUUGUGCUACUAUAUGUUCAAGGGACAACAAAACCUUUUACUUGUCAGGUUCUUGGCUUACUGAAUUGUAUGGGUUAUGUGUCUACAUAGAACUAGAGUUGAGUGGAUACCGGUGAACACUACUGUUAUGAACAUUACUUGAUUGCCUUUAGUUUCUGCCUUCCUUGAGGAGCGCAAGGACUAAGGACCACCCAAGUUGCUCCGCAUGUGAAAGUUAUUGAAGAUGUAUGAGGUGCUCA